GCUAACUUCCGCAGUGGAGGGACAGUCCGCCGUGCUACAUCCAAACCGUCUAAAAUCCUAUUUUCUCUCUAAAAUGUUCUGGGUUCUUCUGGUUUUCUGGACCAUAUGUUCUGGUUCCGGAUCAGACGUCUGUCCGUGUGAACGACAGGAGCUCUGCCGACAGAUUCGAGAAGAGAGAGACUUUGAGGUGUUUGUGUUUGAUGUGGGCGGAAAGAAAUGGCAGUCCUACAACUGGAGCAUGGUGACAACAGUGGCAGCCUUUGGAAAAUAUGACGCUGAGCUCAUGUGCCAUGCCCACUCCAAAGGAGCCCGGCUGGUCCUCAAAGGUGACGUUCCCCUGUCUUACAUUGUGGACCAAGACAACAGGACGGCCUGGAUCACAGAGAAGGUGAACUUGGCCAAGAGUCAGUUCAUGGAUGGAAUCAACAUAGACAUUGAACACCAGGUAGAGGAGGGUUCGCCACAGUACCGUGCAUUGACAGCCCUGGUUAAAGAGACCACAGAGAUCUUCCACAGGGAAAUCCCCGGAUCACAGGUCUCAUUCGAUGUCGCCUGGUCACCAAACUGUAUAGAUAAGCGCUGCUACGACUACGUCGCCAUCGCGGACUCCUGCGACCUGCUGUUUGUGAUGUCAUAUGAUGAGCAGAGUCAGAUCACGGGGGACUGUGUUGCCAUGGCGAACGCCCCUCUCUCACAAACAUUCAACGGGUAUUUCCAAUAUUUGGACCUGAAAAUAGAUCCAAAGAAGCUGGUAAUGGGAGUCCCAUGGUACGGCUAUGAUUAUUCAUGCCUCAACCUAUCCCAGGAGGGCAAGUGCUCCAUAACCAAAGUCCCGUUCCGUGGAGCCCCAUGCAGCGAUGCUGCAGGUAAACAGAAACCGUACAGCUGGAUCAUGAAGCAGGUCAAUACCUCAAUGUCUGGCAGGCUCUGGGACAAACAGCAGCUAGCUCCAUACUUCAACUACAAGGACGAGAGCGGGCAGAUUCACCAGGUGUGGUAUGAUGAUCCAGACAGUGUUUGUGCCAAAGCGGGUUCGGUGAAAUCUAAGGGCCUGAGGGGGAUCGGCAUGUGGAACGGCAACAUCUUGGACUACAGCGACGAUCCGGUUGCCCAGCAACAGACGGCGGCGAUGUGGAAUGCCCUGGUGGCUUGUUAGCUUGGAAACCCUUGCCUUGCCGGAGAAAUUUUCAUGACCCCUGAAUCCCCCUCGCCCUCCUCCACUUCUCUCCCAUUUGUUGUCAAGUCAGUUCGAUCAGGAUGUCUCUGGCUUCAUAGCUUGGGGAUACACACUUGCACUUGAAUUUGCUGUAGCUUUUUGUUGCCGUUGUCUGCGACUGUGGUUUUUAAGACUGCUCAACCAUGUGAAAUGAAUGUACUUCAUUGAAAACGUAAAUUGCUCUUGAUGAAUUUUGUGUGAAAAAAAAAAACAAAAAUACCCACACUAUUAUUAACUAAUCAGUGUUCAUGAGCUUAUCGCCCAGAUCUUUGCUCCUUGAUAUUUUUCAGAAAGUUAUUUUUGUGAUAAAAUUGUUUAAAAAUUUAAGUUACUAAAUAAUUUAAAAAAAAAAUUUCUGACGCCUUUUGUCCAUUUCAGAGUUGCUUGCUUUUGUUAAAAAGUUCAGAGGAGAUUUAAAACCACUUGAAU